AGUAUAUGGAAUUGCUAAAUUGCCCUGAGGGUGUUUUCGGAAUUUCAUCGUUGAGGCACAAUUACUUGGUUGACCAGGUUUUGCGGGAGAACAAAUCAAACCCAUGGGACGGCGCGCGAGGCAUAUUGGAAAGGAAUGGAAGACAGGAAGGAGAAAUCGGUCGGUUUGCAGCGGCAUUGUGAGAGGAUUGAGAGUGAGACAGAAGGGUAGUGUCGUCGCUUACGAUAACAGUCAUGCUGAAUCCGGCGGUUGAUUUCAAGGUUAAGGUGGGUGUGGGAGAGACAAUGGUUGGAGGUAGAGAGGAAGGAGUAGGAGGAGGAUGAGGCCGGUGAUAUUGUCGUCGUGGGCAUUGGAAGUUUUGAGACAUGAGAAUACAGUUUGGGACAUUACUAGCAGAUAUAGGAUUCAUCAAUCUUCCAGCAGAUUAUCAGGUAUGUACCUUUUGAUUCUUGAUUUGUUUAGAUCUAUGCAACUUAAAGUGGUACUCCUUUAUUCUUUUCUAUUAAAUAUGAUAAAAUUUCUAAAUCAAAGCAAACAACAAUAACUUUUGUGAAGCCUAUUAUAUCAUAAUAGCUGAAAUUGUUUUUUGUUCCACUCUAAAUUGUUGUUGUUUUAUUUUAGUUUAUUUUAGAUAAAAUGUAAAAAUGUUAUUUAUCCAAGAAGACUGUUCUGUACACUCAAGCAGCAGCAGCUGCUGCUACAAUCAAUUUAUAACUGCAGU